GCCGCGGUCCAUCAGAUGCGGCGAGGAAGGACGCGUGAGGACCAUCACUUAAAAGUCGCUCCCGCGUUGAAACGUGGAGAUGUUUUCACCGCGAAUUACAACAUUUGCGUGGAUUUUCUACCUGCUGAACGUCUCACUUUAAACAGUUUAAAUAAACACGGGAUUUUUUUUUUUUAAUGUUGAUUACCAGCGCAUGGAGUUGGGAUCAUUAAGCCUCUUUUCGUCUAAUAUGGAACUUUCUAGAAGCUGCGCUGUGAUGCCGUGAACAGAAAAUUAACGUGUAUUCCUUUUGCUUUUAGUGACACUUUGGACGAGUUAAUGGCGGCAAAUUAAUUAAACUGAAAUCACCCGACUGUAGAAUCGCGUCAACUCCGUGAAAUGUGGUGACUUUUUUUUUUUAUUUUUUUAACGCGGAUGUUGUUGUUUCUCACUAGCACUCUGUGGCGGGAACUGGCGGGGAAGAUGAACCUGCGCUCCGUCAGCCUUCUUCUCCUCACUUUGGAUCUAGUCGCGGUGGCGCUGGGCUUGUCCACAUGCAGCGUGUUGGACACGGAACAGUUCGAGAAGAGGCGCAUCGAAGCCAUCCGCGGGCAGAUCCUCAGCAAGCUCAAACUCCGCCAUCCGCCGGUGGACUUCCCCGAGCCCGAGGACGUUUCCCGCGACAUCGUGGCCAUCUACAACAGCACCCGGGACCUGCUGCAGGAGAAGGCCAACAAGCGGGCGGCGACGUGCGAGCGGCAGCGGAGCGAAGAGGAGUAUUACGCCAAAGAGGUGCACAAGGUGGAGAUGCAGCCCAUCUACCCAUCCGAGAAUGUUAUCUCCCCCACUCUCUUCAACCCUUACUUCAGACGCCUAAUGUUUGAUGUGUCCUCCAUGGAGAAGAAUGCUUCCAACUUGGUGAAAGCUGAGUUAAGGAUCUUUCGCCUUCAAAACCCUAGUGCCAGAGUACCCGAGCAACGCAUCGAGCUGUACCAGAUCUCAACCCACAAAGACCUGGCAUCCCCAACACAACGAUAUAUCGACAGCAGAGUGGUGCGAACACAAACAGAAGGCGAAUGGCUGAUCUUCGAUGUGACGCAGGCUGUGAACGAAUGGAUGAACCACAGAGACAGAAACAGUGGAUUCAAGCUGAGCCUACACUGUCCAUGUUGUACCUUUGUGCCAUCGAAUAACUACAUCAUUCCCAACAAGAGCGAGGAGCUGGAGGCACGGUUUGCAGGUAUUGAUGACAGCUUCAUCCACGGUGGUGACCUGAAAGUAUCCAAGAGGCGGCGCCACAGUGUUCGAGCUCCUCACCUUCUAAUUAUGCUGCUGCCCUCUUACCGCUUGGAGUCGCCAUUUCACCACAAAGCCCAUCGGACCAAGAGAGCCCUGGAUGCAGCUUACUGUUCCAAAAACGUUCAGGACAACUGUUGCUUAAGGUCCCUCUACAUUGACUUUAAGAAAGACCUCGGCUGGAGGUGGAUUCACGAGCCAAAAGGCUACGAGGCCAACUUCUGUGCCGGAGCCUGUCCUUAUCUAUGGAGUUCUGACACUCAGCAUUCCAAGGUGUUAGGCUUGUAUAACAGCAUCAACCCAGAUGCAUCAGCAUCGCCCUGCUGUGUGCCCCAGGACCUGGAACCCCUCACUAUCCUCUACUAUAUCGGCAAGACUCCCAAAAUAGAACAUCUCUCCAAUAUGAAGGUCAAGUCUUGCAAGUGCAGCUAGAAACUCUUGAAAAGCCAACACUACACAACCUUUCUUCACACAAUAACGCACCCCCGCACCAUUUACAGCCGUAUCAUAUCUUCUAUUUCCACAAGACGAGACAUCCAGAACAGAUCAACCUCAUUCCAAACGGGGCACGGCGACGCUUUCAAACACACAGCACAGACUUUGACACCAAUGCGAAGUGCCAAUCAAGCAAAUCCAGGCUUGUGGCUUGAUAUUUGCAUGAGUAACAUGAAUUGCGAUGUGCCGUCCUACUUGGCUCCCGGCACUAGCGUCUGUUGGCUAUCAGAUGUCAACAUUCAGCCUUUUAGACCCAAUAAACCCUAUUUCUCUCGGAAGAGAAACAGUGCAGUUAUUUUGGUGCUACGCAGAGGGCAUUGGACCCGUGCUGGAAGAUAAAGACAUCCCGAAUAUUUUUUUUUUUCUAAAACCGACAACCAUGGACAUUUCUACACGACAUGGGCAGUAUGUUUGACCACACCGCGGUUCUACAGUUAGUAGACGACCAUCAAGUUUUAGUAAGUUCGACAGUCUUAAUUGGUAUUGGCGACAGAUAACAGUUCCGUGUCUCAUUCCAUCAUUCAAGUUUAGUUUAGGAACACUCCUAUUAUUAUAAUUCUGUUCAUUUUUCGACCAAAUUUGCUUGUCGGAGACUUGAUUGAUGGCUUCAACUUAGAAAUCAUACAAAACUUGUCAAAUGGCAACCGGUGUUACCCAUGCCAUGCCAAGCAAUUGUCAUGGCAAGUCCAUGCCCUUUGUUUGUCUUUUGAAGGCCAAGUCCACACGAAUCACCUCACGCACUCGUCACACCAGACAUGAGAGUCAAGGCAAACACUGGAGGUUUACGUGAUAAGUGUCUGUUAUGUGAAAUGCUACGAAUGACAUAGCUCCACCCUCAACAUCCAGCCACCUUUUUGAGGGCUUUUUAUAUAUAUAUAUACAUAUAUAUAUAUAUAUAUAUACACGUUGUGCUUUAAUGUCUUCUCGGUUUUGCUAUUUAAGAUGUUCGUGCUUAUGUGCCUCAGCACCUAAAGCAUUUUGAAUAUGGUAGAAAAAGUGGGCAUUGAUGAAAUGCAACCUCUUUGACCUUUUGUAUCUUACAGGUGCUGGACAUAUUUAUUAUACACAUUUUCAGGAUUUUCUGAAAGGGUUACCAGAAGAGAUAUCAUGCCAUGUAAGAAACGUUUUUGUUGUUGUAGUUUUGAACAUCAGUCCUGUCAGUUUGUACAAAGGGGGAACAGAUCUAUAAACAAAAGCAUUGAUGCAACCCAAUUCCUGCAGUGGAACCUCAAUUUAUGAACUUAAUUGUUUUGGGGAAAUUAAGAACGUUCGUAAUGUAUAUUGAAGCAAAUCUCUCAAUAACAAACAAUGUAAACAAGAAUAAUAGGUUUCUCAGUCCUGUCAGUUUGUACAAAGGGGGAACAGAUCUAUAAACAAAAGCAUUAAUGCAACCCAAUUCCUGCAGUGGAACCUCAAUUUAUGAACUUAAUUGUUUUUGGGGAAAUUAAGAACGUUCGUACAAUAUAUUGAAGCAAAUCUCUCAAUAACAAACAAUGUAAACAAGAAUAAUAGGUUUCAGUCUCGAAAAAAGUCCAUAUUUUAGUAAAAGUUUGUACACUUUGAACAGAAUAUAAAGUGCUAUACAGUAUUGUAUAGUAAACAAACAUAACAAGGGGGAGACUUUCUACAAAACCCAAAACCAGUGAAGUUGGCACGUUGUGUAAAUGGUAAAAAAAAAAAAAAAAAAAAGAAUACAAUGGUUUUCAAAUCCUUUUCAACCUAUAUUCAAUUAAAUAGACUACAAAGACUAAAUAUUUCAUGUUCAAACAGAGAAAUUACAUUUUUGUUUUGCAAAUGAUAGCUCAUUUGGAAUUUGAUGCCUGCAACACGUUUCAAAAAAGCUGGCACAAAUGGCAAAAAAGACUGACAAAGUUGAGGAAUGCUCAUCAAACACUUAUUUGGAACAUCCCACAGGUGAACAGGCUAAUUGGGAACAGGUGGGUGCCUGAUUGAUUAAUUGAAUGAUUGAUACUUUUAUUAGUAGAUUGCACAGUUCAGUACAUAUUCCGUACAAUUGACCACUAAAUGGUAACACCCCAAUAAGUUUUUCAACUUGUUAAUCAAUUCAUGGUGCCAUGAUUGGGUAUAAAAGCAGCUUCCAUGAAAUGCUCAGUCAUUCACCAACAAGGAUGGGGCGAGGGCCACCACUUUGUGAACAAAUGCGUGAACAACUUGUCAAACAGUUUAAGAACAACUUUUCUCAACCAGCUAUUGCAAGGAAUUUAGGGAUUUCACCAUCUACGGUCCAUAAUAUCAUCAAAAAAAUCCAGAGAAUCUGAAUGUCUGUAACUUUCGAUCCCUCAGGCGGUACUGCAUGAAAAGCGACAUCAGUGUGUAAAAGAUAUCACCGCAUGGGCUCAGGAAAACCUCAUAAAACCACUGUCGGUAACUACAGUUAGGGGGCGGCAUGGCGUAGUGGGUAGAGCGGCCAGCUAGAAACCUGAGGGUUGCAGGGUUGCAGGUUGCAUCCAAAAAAUAGCUGCCGUUGUGUCCUUGGGCUGGACACUUCACCCUUUGCCCCCGGUGCCGCUCACACUGGUGAAUGAAUGAUGAAUGAAUGAUAGGUGGUGGUUGGAGGGGCUGUAGGUGCAAACUGGCAGCCAGGCUUCCGUCAGUCUACCCCAGGGCUACUGAUGUAGCUUACCACCACCAGCUGUGAAUGAAUGUUGAGUACCACUUAUCUGUGAGCGCUUUGAGUGUUCAGAAAAGCGUGAUAUAAAUCUAAGUUAAUAUUAUUAUUAUUAUUAUUACAGUUUGUCACUACAUCUGUAAGCAAAGCGAAAGCCAUUUAUCAACAACACCCACUAACGCCACCGGCUUUGCUGGGCCCAAGUUCAUCCAAAAUGGACUGAUGCAAAGUGGAAAAAGUGUUCGGUGGGCUAACGAGUCCACAUUUCAAAUUGUUUUUGGAAACUGUGGACCUCGUGUCCUCCGUGCCAACUUCACUGGUGUUGGGUUUUAGUAUUUAAUGAAGUCAAAACAACAACAAACUGAACUGUCCUCAUUCGCAAUCACCAUGCCGACGCGCUCACACUGUCAAAAUGCUUCCUGAAUGGUUCAAACCCCACUCCACUUGUCCAUUACUUUCUUUGGUUUUAUAUUUAGCUAAAAAAAAAACAAGAAACAUGUUGUAAAAAGGCUAAAAACAUACACUAAAGUAUUAAAUCAGCACAAUGGCUGAUUUUUAUUCGGUCUUUGAUUAGUAAAUUAAAAAGUUCGUACAAUGAGGGGUUCGUAAAUCAAGGUUCUACUGUAGAAUAUUAUUUUGUUGAAUUAACGAGCUAUAAGGACGAGAAACAUUUAUUAUCCUUAAAUUUAACCACACCCCAAGACCUUCCAUAUUGUUAAAAUUGAUUAUUUUCAGACACAUUAAUAUUGCAAGUAUAUUGACAUCAUUGAAACGGAAGCAACUUUUAUAAUGUAUGGCAACAUGUAUUUAUUACUGGAGAUAAAAAUAUGUUUAUUCUUUAUCCUCAAACAGGAUCUCCCGGUAACAGAUUAAGAUUCUUAUCCUGUAGUUCAUUUUAAACUGAAAUGAUCUGAAGUUAGUAUGAAAUUUAUAAAACAGUUCUUCUCCCGAGAAAGUUUAAUUCAGUUUUUUUUGUUGUUUUUUUGUUUUUUCACAUGUACUGUCAAGCUUCAACGAGACAAAUGUACGUAAACAACAUUGUUGCAGGAAUCAAUGGGAAUAAACUAGAAAUGUGCAUCAUUUUUAUUUAGUUAAUUUGUUUAGGAAACUUUAUUUUUUUUUUAUGAAAACACUCAAAUGAUGAUAUAUCUAAUUAAAGGGGCUGUUUGCAACUCCCUCACUGUAACAUUUUUCAAACAUAUAACAAGAACACCAAUCGGAUGGCUUGUGUUACCCAUAGUGCUUUAACGGAACACAUUUCUUUGACAAUUGUCUAUUCUUUUCACAAUUACACAUUUAUUUAACCAGCCCAAAUAAAAUGAUUGGUGUUUACGCCGGUAUGUAUUUUUAGGAACACUAAUACAAAAUCUCCGGGUUGGGGAGGAGACCCUGCCCCAAGUGGAGGAGUUCAAGUACCUAGGAGUCUUGUUCACGAGUGAGGGAAGAGUGGAUGGUGAGAUCGACAGGCGGAUCGGUGCGGCGUCUUCAGUAAUGCGGACGUUGUACCGAUCCCUUGUGGUGAAGAAGGAGCUGAGCCGGAAGGCAAAGCUCUCAAUUUACCGGUCGAUCUACGUUCCCAUCCUCACCUAUGGUCAUGAGCUUUGGGUCAUGACCGAAACGAUAAGAUCACGGGUACAAGCGGCCCAAAUGAGUUUCCCUCUCCCUUAGAGAUAGGGUGAGAAGCUCUGCCAUCCGGGAGGAACUCAAAGUAAAGCCGCUGCUCCUCCACAUGGAGAGGAGCCAGAUGAGGUGGUUCGGGCAUCUGGUCAGGAUGCCACCCGAACGCCUCCCUAGGGAGGUGUUUAGGGCACGUCCAACCGGUAGGAGGCCACGGGGAAGACCCAGGACACGUUGGGAAGACUAUGUCUCCCGGCUGGCCUGGGAACGCCUCGGGAUCCCCCGGGAAGAGCUAGACGAAGUGGCUGGGGAGAGGGAAGUCUGGGUUUCCCUGCUUAGGCUGCUGCCCCCGCGACCCGACCUCGGAUAAGCGGAAGAAGAUGGAUGGAUGGACUAAUACAAAACCUCACAAUAAUGUCGGAUUGAAUGCUAAAACGUUAUGACAGACCGCCUUAAACGCGGAAUGGAAUUUUCAUAAUUUUUACUGAAUGAGACACCUAGAGUGUACAUGAAAAUAAAGAAUGUGGGAUUUACAAUAUUAACUAUGAGGGAUAAAACACUGAAUAUUGACAACAUAUAGACGUCACACCCCCUAUCAAUUGACAUAUUUUACAAUCAAGCGAAACGCGACAAAAAUGCAACAAACACAGCAAAAUAUAAACGCAACGGGUAAAAAAAGCCACUUAUAAUCUGAUAUAUCACAAAGCUUUAGAACUUUGUUGUAAAAAUCUCCUUCAACGUCUGUCCCUGACACCUGCAUUUCAGGUUGGCCGCUCUGUAAACACUCUGUGGAAACGCUCCCCACCCACGCUGCUUGGUGCCUCCUCUGAGCUGCUGUGUAAUUAAUUACCUUAGUAAUUACCAAAGUAACUAAUUAGAUUACCAUAGCAACUACUACAUCAUGCAAAAGCGCAGAGUCCAACCGUUGAAAUACAGUUCAAGACUUACGGUCUUUUGAAAACAUCACUGCUCAUCUACAGUUUCCAUAUUAAAGGUUAAAAAAAUGACUCGAGAAAGCCCGGCGGGCCAGAUUGAAAAGAUUAACGAGCCGCAUGCGGCCCCCAAGACUUAAUUUGCCCAGUUCUGAGCUAACAACACCUAUUGCUAACGUGUAUGUACUUAAUUACGCUAUUACAUACUAGGGUUGUAUGGUAUACCGGUAUUGUUAUAGUCCCGCGAUACUAAUGAAUCAUAUUCAGUACUAUACUGCGUCUAAAAAGUACCGGUCCGCCAUGGGUGGAUCUACACCUAACAUCCACAGUAAUGAUAACAAGUACAGUAGCGUAUUUAGUCGAUACUACUAUGGUUACAUCAAUAUUUUUUGGCAUCACAACAUCGUCUUUCGUUUUUUUUAAAAUUGAUAUUGUGUUUUUAAACUCAGGAUAUAUGUCCCUUGACACAUGAGGACUUUGAAUAUGACCAAUGUAUGAUCCUGUUGUGGUAUCAUCCGAAACUAAUGUCAAGUAUCAAACAACAGAAGAAUAAGUGAUUUUUACCUUUUAACAGAAGUGCAGAUAGAACAUGUUAAAAGACAAAGUUAGCAGAUAUUAACAGUUAAUGAACAAAUAGAUUAAUAUUUCAUUUUGUACCACUUGUCCUUUUAAAUAAUGACAAAAUAAUAGAAUGAGGAAUGACACAAUAUGUUACUGCAUAUGUCAGCAGCUAAAUUAGGAGCCUUUGUUUGUUUACCUACUACUAAAAGACAAGUUACCUUGUAUAUUCACUAUUUUAUUUAAGGACAAACUUGCAAUAAGAAACGUAUGUUUAUUGUAUUGUAAGAUUUUUUUUGUUAAAAUAAAGCCAAUAAUGCAAUUUUUUGCGGUGCCCUUUAUUUAGAAAAGUAUCAUAAUAAUUUUGGUGCCGGUAUCGGGACAACACUAUUACAUAGAAGAAGUCGUGAAAGGGCGGGAAAUACGGUGUAAAAUACACAGGAAAGUUGGCGCCUUGGAGGCAUUUGUGUAAAUGCUGCAAACAGCCCCUUUAAGUCAUGUUUAUAAUGUAGGACUUUGCAUGCAUAUUGCCUUUGACAAAGCAAAAUAUUGU